CAAGUUGGGGGUUUAAGGCCCCGCCCUCUGAGGGUCCCUGAUGGGUCCCGCCCCCGCGGGCGUGUUCAGUCCCCGCCCCCUCAGGGACCCGAGGCCCGCGCUCUCGAAGCCCCGCCCGCCACCGCCAUCUUCUCCGGCGGUAGGAGUUCAGCGCUCAACCAGUCUAAAGAAAAUUGUUCUGGGAUUUCCUUUGAAGUAAAUAGGAUGAGCAGUUUGUUGAUCUAUUGCGUCUUGUUGAUCUGCUACGUACAAGAUGGGACCUGUUGCCAACAAAACCAAUUUUUAUAUGAAGGAAACUGCUGUGACAUGUGUCCUGCAGGCACUUACUUGGACAAGUACUGUGGAGCAUCUACCCAAACAAAAUGUGAAAUAUGUCGUGAAGGGACAUUCACUGAUCAAAUACAUAAUUUAAAAAUAUGUUAUCCCUGUCAGAAUUGCAUUGGAGGUAAAACACGGGAAUGUUACAUUUAAUUGAAUGUUUGGACACUUCAUUACUUUCCUUGCAGAGAUAACCAAAUCUUAGGAAAUAUACCGUAUGUAAGCUGUUAGUUAACUCUGGUUGCACUUUCAUCUAGUGGAACUGAGAAGCUUUUAUUUAAUUCCCACGGAAACUAAUCAUGAUUUAUAUAUACGUCAACUGUUGCACAUUUAUGGGGUUUAUAUAUACCUCACCUGUUACACAUUUAUGGGGUGCUAAAUGUUUCAAAUAUAUUUAUGGUCAUCCUUCUACUCAUCAAACUCCA